CGGCGGGUCAGAGGUCGCGCGUCAGCCAGCCCCGCCCCCAGAACGCAGGCGUUCAGGCCUGCGGAGCCCUAGCUGAAGCGUGCGGUGUUGGGCAGAGAGCUGGAGCUGGAAGUGAGCAACCAUGGUGCUCAAUAGUUUGGAUAAAAUGAUUCAACUCCAGAAAAACACUGCUAACAUCAGGAAUAUAUGUGUUUUGGCUCAUGUUGACCAUGGAAAAACUACUCUUGCUGAUUGUUUUAUAUCUAGUAAUGGGAUCAUCUCCAGCCGUCUGGCAGGCAAGCUAAGGUACAUGGACAGCAGAGAAGAUGAACAGAUCCGAGGGAUCACUAUGAAAUCCAGUGCUAUUUCCCUACAUUAUGCAAAAGAUAGUGAGGAAUACCUGAUUAAUCUCAUAGACUCUCCAGGACACGUGGAUUUCUCCUCAGAAGUAUCAACGGCUGUUCGUAUUUGUGAUGGAUGCAUCAUAGUGGUAGAUGCUGUGGAAGGGGUCUGUCCACAGACACAGGCAGUUUUGCGGCAAGCCUGGCUCGAAAACAUCCGUCCAGUAUUGGUGAUUAAUAAGAUAGAUCGGCUGAUAGUGGAGCUAAAAUUUACCCCACAGGAGGCCUAUUCUCACCUCAAGAAUAUUUUAGAACAGAUUAAUGCACUCACAGGAACUCUUUUUACUUCUAAAGUCCUAGAAGAAAGAGCAGAGAGAGACACUGAAUCCCAAGUGAAUCCAAAUUCUGAACAAGGAGAGCAAGUGUAUGACUGGAGUACUGGCUUGGAAGACACGGAUGAUUCUCACCUUUACUUCUCUCCAGAACAGGGAAAUGUGGUGUUUACCAGUGCAAUAGAUGGGUGGGGCUUUGGAAUUGAGCAUUUUGCCAAAAUCUAUAGCAAAAAAAUUGGCAUCAAAAAGGAAGUUCUUUUGAAAACCUUGUGGGGAGAUUAUUAUAUAAAUAUGAAGGCUAAGAAAAUAAUGAAGGUUGAUCAGGCAAAAGGAAAGAAACCUUUAUUUGUACAGUUGAUCCUGGAAAAUAUAUGGAGUUUGUAUGAUGCUGUCUUGAAAAAGGACAAAGAAAAAAUUGAUAAAAUAGUGACUUCUUUAGGAUUAAAAAUUGGAGUCCGGGAGGCACGCCAUUCAGAUCCUAAAGUUCAGAUCAAUGCCAUUUGCAGUCAGUGGCUACCUAUCUCCCAUGCUGUUCUUUCUAUGGUGUGUCAGAAACUUCCUAGCCCCCUUGAUAUUACCGCUGAGAGAGUUGAGAAACUCCUGUGCACUGGAUCGCAAACGUUCGACUCUCUUCCACUGGAAACUCAAGCACUGAAAGCAGCUUUUAUGAAAUGUGGAAGUGAGGACACUGCUCCAGUUAUUAUCUUUGUUUCCAAAAUGUUUGCAGUUGAUGCCAAGGCCUUGCCUCAGAAUAAGCCAAGGCCUCUCACUCAAGAAGAAAUUGCUCAAAGACGUGAACGUGCAAGACAGAGGCAUGCAGAGAAGCUCGCUGCAGCACAAGGGCAGGCACCUUUGGAGCCCACCCAAGAUGCGAGUGCACUGGAAACAAGCCCACAAAGAGAAGAGCCAAGAGGUGAUGAGCAACAGGUGGAGAGUAUGGCCACUAAUCCUGUGCCCCAGGAAGGAAGCAACCAAGAGUCUUUUAUUGCAUUUGCUCGUGUAUUCAGCGGUGUAGCUCGAAGAGGAGAGAAAAUUUUUGUCUUGGGGCCCAAGUACAGUCCUAUUGAGUUUUUGCAAAGGGUACCAUUAGGCUUCUCAGCCCCACCAGAUGACCUCCCCCCAGUCCCUCACAUGGCGUGCUGUACACUGGAAAACCUGUAUCUUCUGAUGGGCAGGGAACUGGAAGAUCUAGAGGAGGUACCUCCAGGAAAUGUGCUAGGAAUAGGAGGCUUGCAAGACUUCGUGCUAAAAUCCGCAACACUGUGUAGCCUGCCAUCCUGCCCACCAUUUAUACCACUUAACUUUGAAGCCACACCUAUUGUGAGAGUUGCUGUUGAGCCAAAGCACCCAAGUGAAAUGCCUCAGCUUGUGAAAGGAAUGAAGCUGCUAAACCAGGCUGAUCCCUGUGUCCAGAUUUUAAUUCAGGAAACUGGAGAACACGUUUUAGUCACAGCGGGGGAGGUCCACCUUCAAAGAUGCUUGGAUGACUUAAAAGAAAGGUUUGCAAAGAUUCAUAUCAGUGUAUCAGAACCCAUUAUUCCAUUCAGAGAAACAAUCACAAAACCCCCUAAAGUUGACAUGGUCAAUGAAGAAAUAGGCAAACAACAAAAAGUUGCAGUCAUACACCAAACAAAAGAAGAUCAAAGCAAAAUCCCUGAAGGAAUCCAAGUUGACUCUGAUGGGUUAAUCACUAUGACAACUCCCAAUAAACUUGCCACCCUCAGUGUUCGAGCUGUGCCCCUUCCAGAAGAAGUCACUCAGAUUCUGGAAGAAAAUAGUGAUUUGAUUCGUUCCAUGGAGCUGUUGACAUCCUCUUUGAAUGAGGGCAAAAAUACUCAGAUGAUUCAUCAGAAGACCCAAGAGAAAAUUUGGGAAUUCAAAGGAAAACUAGAGCAACAUUUAACAGGGAGAAAAUGGAGGAAUACUGUUGAUCAAAUCUGGUCAUUUGGCCCAAGAAAAUGUGGGCCUAACAUACUAGUUAAUAAAAGUGAAGAUUUUCAGAACUCUGUAUGGAUAGGCCCAACUGGCAGAUCUUCAAAAGAAGCCAGUAGAUACCGAGAUUUGGGCAAUAGCAUUGUGAGUGGUUUUCAGUUAGCAACCCUCUCUGGCCCCAUGUGUGAGGAGCCCCUCAUGGGUGUCUGUUUUGUUCUGGAAAAAUGGGACCUAAGUAAAUUUGAGGAACAAGGAGCAAGUGAUAAGCAAAAUCAAGAACAAAUUGAUCUGCUAGGAGAGAGACAGGAAGAAGAUAAGAUUCAUCCUAUUGGAGAGGAAAACCAAGAGGUACAAGGUGUCUGCUUAGAGCCUUUUGAGAAGAGGACUUCCCCGAAAGGAGACUCUUCAAUCACUGACUGCUAUGGACCUUUCUCAGGACAGCUAAUUGCCACCAUGAAAGAAGCAUGUCGAUACUCACUGCAAGUGAAACCUCAGCGCUUGAUGGCAGCUAUGUACACAUGCGACAUCAUGGCCACCAGUGAUGUUCUUGGUCGAGUCUAUGCUGUCUUGUCAAAGAGAGAAGGUCGAGUGCUUCAAGAAGAAAUGAAAGAAGGGACAGACAUGUUCAUCAUCAAGGCUGUCCUGCCUGUGGCUGAAAGCUUUGGUUUUGCUGAUGAAAUCAGGAAGAGGACGAGUGGCCUGGCCAGCCCGCAGCUGGUGUUCAGCCACUGGGAGGUCAUUCCCAGCGACCCCUUCUGGGUGCCAACUACUGAGGAAGAGUACUUACACUUUGGGGAGAAGGCUGAUUCUGAGAACCAGGCCCGGAAGUACAUGAAUGCAGUACGGAAGCGGAAGGGGCUUUAUGUGGAAGAAAAGAUCGUGGAACAUGCAGAAAAGCAGAGAACACUUAGCAAAAAUAAGUAGCUGCUACUGUUGGUGAAAUCUUUUCUUUAUAAUGAAUUAAAAAAUAUCAUCAAGGGUUUAGUCUUGGGAACAUUUCUUCUUUCUGCAUUAUCUCUGUGCAUUCACUUUCAAUAAAGUUGAUCCAUAUAAAUGUUUUAAAGAGAA